CGAAACACAUGUGGGAUGGAUCAGCAAGUCAUUGACGUCAAUCUCAGAUUCAGGACACUGGUUCGGUAAUAAACUUCGAGCCAGCACAUCUUCAGCUCGGAGAGAUUGCAACUUCAACUACAUAAAGUUUAGUUCUUUUUUUAUUGGUGGAGAUGAUUGGGAACCCUGUAAUGUCAUCGUCUUCAAUGAUCAUUUCCCCUCGAGUUUAUUAUCCCAAUGGGCUUCCUCAUCUCCCACCAAAACCUAGAACUAGACAACAUUUAGUGGCCAGAGCUGCAUCCCCUUCCAGCCAACCAGAAGGGAAGAAGAGUCCUCUCACGGUUGUUUUGGAUGUGUCGAGGAAUAUAUGGAGACAGACUUUGAAACCUUUGAGCGAUUUUGGGUUUGGUAAGAGAAGCGUAUGGGAAGGUGGGGUUGGUUUGUUUCUCGUUUCCGGAGCUGCCCUUCUUGCUCUCAGCUGGGCUUGGUUACGAGGGUUUCAAAUGCGGGCCAAGUUCAGGAAGUACCAGACCGUGUUUGAUCUUAGUCAAGCCUCUGGUAUCUGCACGGGAACUCCCGUUAGGAUCUGUGGUGUGACUGUUGGUACGGUUAUUAGGGUUAAUCCUUCUUUGAAAAACAUUGAAGAUGUUGCUGAGAUUGAAGAUGAUAAGAUUAUUAUCCCUAUGAACGCACUGGUCGAGGUGAAUCAGUCUGGUCUUCUAAUGGAGACUAUGAUCAACAUUACGCCUAAGGAUCCGAUACCGGAGCCUUCGGUAGGGCCUCUGCAUCAAGAGUGUGGUAAAGAAGGGUUGAUUGUUUGUGAUAAGGAAAAGAUAAAAGGAGAGCAAGGAGUGAGUUUAGAUGAGCUAGUUGGGAUAUUCACUCGUAUGGGUUGUGAUGUAGAGGAGAUCGGUGUCGCCAAUGCGUUUUCUCUUGCCGAGAGAGCGGUUCCGGUUAUCGAAGAUGCAAAACCGUUGCUUAAAAAGAUUCAAGCCAUGGCUGAAGAUGCUCAACUUUUGCUGUCUGAGUUUCGUGAUAGCGGUUUGCUCAAGGAAGUUGAGUGUCUGACUCGAAGCCUAACUCAAGCUUCUGAUGAUAUGAGAAAGGUUAAUUCUACGAUAAUGACACUUGAGAAUACAGAACUAAUACAGAAAUCAAUCUACACUCUGGUUUACACUUUGAAGAACGUCGAGAGCAUAAGCUCAGAUAUUCUGGGAUUCACAUGCGAUGAAACCACAAGAAAAAACCUUAAACUACUCAUCAAAUCUCUCAGUAGACUAUUAUGAUCAACAAGGGUCUCUCUCCCAAAGAAGGAGAAGGAAGACCUCUCACUUAAUAAUUUCGAGAGAUUAUUAUUAUAUUAUAUUUUAAAUUCAAAAAAGAAAAAAAAAUAGACAAGGGUGUUUCAGUCAUUACAUGUGGACAAUUUGGUCUUUUGAAGGGAUUAAUUUAAUAAUAAUAAUGGUCGGGGUCA